AUGUCUGCUGGAAAUACUAAUCAAGUUCCUUAUUUCCAAUUUCAACGUGAUACCCAAAAUUCAACUUCUGGAUAUCCAUUUCCCGUUGCACAGCGUAUCCCAGUUAUGCAACCAAUUAGUAUGUUUCACCCACAUGUUUACUCAACCCCGCCACCAGAUUAUGCCCAGGAUGGACAAACAAAAGUAUAUCAAGGUUCUAAAAAUCAGACAGUCCCAAUUCAAUUUAAUUUACCUGUACAGCAAAUACCUGUGCAAACUCAGCAAUUUGAGCCUCCUCAACCCCAAAUUAACGGUUUUGAAACCCAAAUGUUAAUAUAUCCUUCUCAAAUUGGUUUGAUUCCUCAUGAUUUUUGGAGACGCUACGAAACUAUUACAUUUCAGCAAAUGGUAGAUGUAUACUUUCAUAAACGAAAUUCAUCACCUUAUAGAUUUACCUUCAAACUUUAUAACGCACUCCUUUUAACAGAAAAAUAUCCUAAUUUGUUGCAUCUUGUAGGUGCAACUUGGCAGACAAAUAAGAUUCUCAAGAUAUAUAAAACCCCAUUUUCAUGUUUAAUUGGUACUCGAGUCGCAAAUAAUUCUUUAUUCCAUAAACAAGGCAAUUUUCCCACACACGGCUUUGCUGAGCUAACCACAGAAGAAGCACUCGCAAAAAAUAUUGAUAUCAGGCAAAUCGAUUUUGAUGAAAUAAGAUUGCUCCAUCAUGUUGAAGAAAAAUUCUAUCGGCAUUGUGGUGAGAAGGUUAUUAAUUUGUGCAUAUGGAUAGGAAAUUACAAUUCCAAUUAG